AAAAUUAAAAAAAAAAACCUAUAAAAGGCCCAAAUCUGUCAACGACCGCUCGCCGCCACCGUUGACGACCGUGUUUCAGUUUUAGGGGCUCUCUCCGUCUUGGCUACUUCCUACCGUUCUACGCUUCUUCGCUGGCUGGCAAAGCGUCUGCUCCUCAGAUACUUAGAUUUUUCAAUUUGAUGAAAUCUUGCUUAACAGCGAAGUCAAUUGAUGGAACCCAUAAUCAGAUUCAAUCUGGACAUGGGAAAUGUGGGACCUAGCAACACUGAAGCAAAUGUCUCAGAAUUGGAAGGUUUUAGCCGUUGCAUUGAUGAAUUGUUCUCAAAAGUUAAUGAGCUUGAGCAAGGGGUAAAUGUAGUUGAACAAUUCUCCAUGACUGCAGAUAACAAACAACACAACACUGAUAAAUGUAGCUCAAUUAUGAACGAUAAAAUCAGGGAAAAAUAUUUAGCCAACAUUGAGGAGCAAGAGCAACAUGUACCUCAGAGGGAAGUUGCUGGUGGAAAGAGAACGCAACUUAUGCAUCAGUUUGCAGGAAUAUUUCAUCAGAUCACGCAGCAUAAGUGGGCAUGGCCUUUCAUGCAGCCAGUAGAUGUUGUGGGUCUUGGUUUGCACGACUAUUAUGAGGUUAUUGAAAAGCCAAUGGACUUCGGUACAAUAAAAAAUAAGAUGGAGGCUAAGGAUGGCACUGGGUACAAGAAUGUCCGGGAAAUAUAUGCUGAUGUUAGGCUGGUUUUUAAGAAUGCAAUGAAAUACAAUGAUAAAAGAGAUGAUGUUCAUGUAAUGGCCAGAACUUUGUUGGAGAAGUUUGAAGAAAAAUGGCUGCAACUUUUGCCUAAAGUUGUUGAGGAGGAAAGAAGACAAGAAAAGGACAAAGUAGUGGUGGAGGCCGGCACUAAACUAGCUCAGGAGGUUUUACAUGCUAACAUGGCUAGGGAUUUAAGCAACGAGCUUUGUGAAGUUGAUACACAACUGGACAAACUCAGAAAAAUGGUAGUUCAGAAUUGCAGAAAAAUGUCUGUUGAAGAGAAAAAGAAAUUGGUGACAGCUCUCAAUCAAUUAUCUCCUGAAGAUCUGACUAGGGCACUGGAUAUAGUUGCUGCUGAUAAUCCAAGCUUCCAAGCAACAGCUGAAGAGGUGGAACUUGACAUGGAUGCUCAGAGUGAAUUGACACUUUGGAGGCUCAGGGUUUUCGUUAAAGAUGCUUUAAAAGUUAUGGGAAGUAAGUCCCUGGGCAUGAAUGGGAACAAUAACAAUGGUGAUGAAAACAAGGAUAUCAACAUCAAUAACAAGAAGAGCAAGAACGCCGUCACCACUGCCACCACGUACACCAACAACAAACGAAGAAGAGAGAUUUGUGAUGUUAUUACCAGAACAUCUACUAAGAAGACUAGGAGGAUCUCCCUCAUUUUAUGACCUACAAUUUCUGGAAGUUCUGCUUUUUCUUUUGUCAUUAUGUGAAGUUGUCUUAGAGUUGGGUAUGUUUUGGUAGCAACUAUAUACUUGAUAAUUGAUAUUGCUGUUUGAUAAGCUUUUGGUGGCAUGGGAAAAAUUUCCGAAGAUCCAAAAAUAUUAACUGAAAGCUUUUCUAAUGGAAAUUCUGAUACAGGUCAGAUGGAGAAGACGGACAAGUUCCGAUGCUUACUGGUGAGGCAUGAAAUAUGGACAACUAGGGCUACUGGCGUAAAUGAGCUAAGUAGAAUAGCUCAAACUUGAUUCGAUUCUAAAAUUCGAAGUUUGAAAUUGGACUUAGCAAAUUUAAUUAAGCUUGAACCGCUUAGUACUCAAAUUUGAUUUGAUUAGAUUUCUAGUAUUUUUAAGUCAAUCUCAAGUACCUCAAGAUUAGUUUUACUCAUUUACACUAUGUGCUUGUGUUUUGUCCGCGUUUUAUGAGGAUGGAAAGGUAAAUUACCUCUUACGGUUUCUCUUUUCAUAUAUAUAUAUAUCAACAUUUUUCA